UUUAUUUGUCAAAUAAAAUAUCUAGUGAGCGGCGCUUAAUCCUUCUAUGUUUUGCUCUUCUUGGUUCUUGAUUUCUCGAGUUCCUUUGGAAAAUAGUAGCCUCUGAAUAUCUUAUACUAGCUCACUGCAUGGCUGAGCAGCUUGAACUGGAUUCUUGUUACUUUAAGGGCUCUGGUGAUUUUGUACUGUAAUGGUCAAGCUGGCUUUUCUUUCUGAAAUUAGCCUCUCUUUUUUCUCACUGAAAAUAGCUUCCUGAAGUUUGCUCGCUUCAGUUUUGAUUUUUCAUUCUUGGUGUCGAUGGCAAGGUAGAAACCAAUCUUCCCUAUCAAUGCUGUAGAGUUUAGUGUGGAUGAACUAGAUACCUAUCUAAUGUUUGAUCAUCGGGUGCAAGCUCAACUCUUUCAGCAUAUCAUCAUUUGCUUCUGAUGAAGUGGACUACUUAGAUUUGUUGUCUUUGCAUGGGGAUAGCAGUGCCGAGCAUAGUGCUUCUAGGUCUGAAUUUCUGUCAGCUCUCUCAAAUGGCUUGAAGAUGUCCCCAACAGAACAUGUUCAGUGUCUGGCACCUCACGGAGAUCUGGCAGAGAUGAAUUUCGACGCUGAUUUGCAAGAUAGACUUCAAAAGGCCUUAGAUGAAAUUGUGAGAUUGAAGAAAGAAAACUUUGAAGAAUCUUGCCAACGUCGACAAGUUGAGAAGGAGCUCCUAGUUGUCCACAAGAAAGCUAAGAAAUUGCAGGAGUACCUCUUAAAAGAGCUGAAGCAUUUGAAAGAAACUGAGGAAGCUCGUGCCACAGAUCAGCACUUGAUACAAAAACUGAGGAAGGAGAUCGAAUUGCUAAAGAUCCAGCGUGAUGAAUAUCUUGAAAAAUUCUGUCAAGCAAGUGAGCAGAUGUUGCUCCAACCCUCAGAAGCAGCUAAGGAAGCUCAUGAAAAGGGUAAACAUGAGAUGGAAAUAUUGAGAGAGAAAAUUAGUCUGCUUAAAAUCCAUCGAGACGAAUACCUUGCAAAGUUUCAGGAGGCAAAUGAACCAAAGUUAGCAUUGGUGGAGUGUGUUUCUGAUACUGAUUGUGAUACUAAUGCUCUAGAAAAUGACUUGGAAGCAUACAGAUGCACCCUUGACUCCGUGCAAAAGGAGUACAGCCGGUUGCGACCCGAGAGGGGCAGUGCAGGCAGAUAUCCUGAAAAGCACUCUCAGUUUUCCUUGGCUGAGCUGCAGUUGGCAACUGAAAAUUUCAGCGAGUCACUAAAAAUUGGAGAAGGUGGAUAUGGGCAUGUCUACAAGGGCUCUAUCUGCGACACCACUGUGGCCAUUAAGAUUUUACGCCAUAAUGAGAACCUCCAAGGCUUACUGCAGUUUCAACGAGAGGUUUUGAUCCUGAGCAAUGUGAGACAUCCACAUCUUGUCAGUCUCAUAGGAACCUGUGAUGAAGUGUCAGCUCUUGUGUAUGAAUAUCUACCUAAUGGAAGCCUCGAAGACCGCCUUUCCUGCAAGGGUGACACCCCAGCGCUAACAUGGCAAGUCCGAACAAGGAUCAUUGGUGAGAUUUGUUCUGCACUAAUCUUCCUCCAUAGUCAUAAGCCAAAGCCGGUUGUCCACGGUGACCUUAAGCCUUCCAACAUCCUCCUUGAUGCUGAUCUAGCGAGCAAGCUUGGAGACUUCGGCAUUGCUCGAUUUCUUGUCCCGUCCGAAACCAGCACCAUGGUCCAUCUUACUGACCAUCCAAUUGGGACAAUGUUCUACUCAGACCCAGAGUACAUCGCCCACGGUGAGCUGACCCCAGGAUCAGACAUCUUCUCGUUUGGUAUCAUCAUCCUACGCCUCUUGACAGGGAGACACCCAAAGGAGAUUGUGAAGAGAGUGGAGAAUGCAAUGAUCAAUGAUGAACUGCACACCAUCAUCGACAGAUCUGCCGGUGAGUGGCCCUUUGUGCAAGUGCAGCAGCUUGCGCGAAUUGGUAUGAGAUGCACAGCGGAGAAAAGGAGGCGUCGUGCAGAUCUUGUUACUGAUGUGUGGCCAGUGAUUGAGCCAAUGAUGAAGAGUGCUUCCUUAUCGACAUGUCCCUCAACAUCUUCAUCGAUUCAGGAUGAAAGCGGUGUGCCACAUUACUUUUUAUGCCCAAUUUUGCAGAAGGUCAUGAAGAAUCCACACAUCGCGGCGGAUGGAUUCACCUAUGAAGCUGAGGCCAUAAAAGACUGGUUUGAAGCCCAUGAUACAUCACCGAUGACCAAUCUGGCGCUUCCCAACCGUGCUACAAUUCCAAACUCCGCGCUUAGCUCAGCCAUCCAAGAACAUCUUCAGCGUGGGGCAUGACUGGUGCCGGUCCUGCAUUCUGGGAGUUUACGCCUACAUGAUUCAUGCCUAUUUGGAUCCUGAAGGGAUUCAAGACAGCUAGAAAAGUUUUUUUUUUAAAAAAAAUCUUCGUUGUGCGUAUUACUGUAUACAGUUUGCUAGUAUUAUUUUUGCAUUUGUGUAUGGAUUUGUCAUUUGUGUAACAAAGUGGUUUUCAGAUUUGCCAA